AUUAUUGUUAUGGCAUUUGAUGAUUUAAAGUUGGUAUAAUUGUUGAUCUUUGUUACUUUACAGUCAUUUGUAAGAGGAAAGUGAGAUAUUUGUUUAAUAUAUGCAGGAAUGUCUAAUGAACGCAUGGAUUUCCAAUUGGAUGAUGAUGUCAUCGCAUCGCUGAAUGACCGUGUCCAAUAUGAUGAUAGUGAAACUCAGGAUGUAGGUCGUUUGUUUGUGAAUGAACGAACAACAAGUCCCCAAAACAGAAAUAGUGGAGCUAAUGAGAGUAAUAAGAAAAAUACAAAGGGAAAACCAUUAUUAAAUGGGGUGUGAAUGGAGUACGAGAAAGAGUUAAGUGGGGAAAAUGUGGUGCACCAGUGUGGCCGAGGGAUAAGUGUGCACACUACUCAAAAUUCAUUGGUAGUCUAGCGGCUGAUUGUGGAUAUUACCCUAUUGACGUCCAGGAUUGGCGGCACUUUGAGGAGGAUGUCCAUAGCAAGGCAUGGACACGUAUUGAGGGGACAAUUGAUUGGACAGACCAAGCAACUUCCACUAAAAGAUCCAAAAUCAAGUCGUAUGCAUUUGAAAGACUUGCAGAUCGCUGGAAGCAACACAAGUCAAAUCUGAAAAAAAGUGUUUUGGUUACCUAAUCAAGGGACUGCUGACCGUUUUAGGUGCCCUUAUGCUGCCAUUGACAGAGAUCAAUGGGUAAGGUGGGUUUCUCACUUGGAUGAAGAGGAUACUCAGACCAAGGCUGCUAUAAAUGUUAGUAAUUGCUCGCAACGGGUAAUGCAUCAUAGUACUGGCACAAGAACCUUUCCAGCAGUUGUUUAUGAAUGGCAACUUGAGAAUGGGGUUGAGGAGGAACCUGAUAGGCUAGAAAUAUUCAAGUUGACACAUCGUAAGAAGGGGAAAAAAAAUGAGUGUAGAUGCUGCAUCUACCAAAGCAGUGCAAGAUUUGGAAAAAGCUGAAGAGGAGAGAAGGAAUUUGAAUGUUGAAAUAACUCCACAAGUUAGAGAAGAUAUCUAUGCAGAGGUUCUUGGGGUAGAGAAGCGUAACCGAGUGAGGGGUCUUGGAGCGGGUGUCUGCUGGCGUGAUGUUCCAUAUGUUCAUAUCGAGAAAAGAGGUGUUUCAAGCAUUGUGGAAGCAUUGACAGCAACAAUUCAAGAACAACGCAUGGAGACCGCAAGAUUGAGGAGUGAAGCUGAAAAAGAGAGAAUUGAAGCUGCCCAAAGGGAGGAAAGAAUUAGGAAGGAAGCUGCUGACCUGGACAAAAAGUUCACAGCCCAAAUGGAGCAGUUUAAGAAACAGCAAGAGGCAAUGAUGGCAAGGAAGGUGAAGCAACUAGCAAUACUUGAAAUGGGUAGAUGGAUGAAAGAAGCUGGUUUUUCGGGGAUUGACACAGCAUCACAAGUAGAUAUUGAGCCAAUGACUAAAGGUAGUAGACCCGUGAUCCCAACCCCAGCCAUCACUGAUAGUGUAUAUCGCCCUGAAAUACCUCAAACUGUUCCAGAAUCGCAGCGGAAUUGAGCUGGUUAGUUUUACCUUAUGUAGAUGUCAUUUCCUGACUUUGAUGGUUUUGUUUUUGUCUACUUUGAGUUAAUCCUCAAAGCUCCAUCAAAAUUAUGUUCUUGGCCAAGGAUUUUGUUGUUCAAAGGGGGAAAAUCUUAGUCAUAUUCCACCUUGAACAACACUGUAUUCUGGAAAACAUCCUUGUUUUUUGUAUGCCAAGAAUUUGUUUAAGGUAUGAAGUAGCUAGAUGUCCUUUUUGUAUGCCAAGAAAUGUAAAAAAAGAUCUUGCUGGCAUGGCCAG